AUGAAUCCUCCUCCUCCAAAUAGAAGUAGUAGCAAAGAUGAAGAUGAUCAUCGUGAUCAGAUAAUCGAAGAGAUCGAAUUUCCCCUGCCCGGUUUUCGGUUUCAUCCCACCGAUGAGGAGUUGAUAGGGUUUUAUCUGAAGAAGAAAGUUCUUGAUGAAAGAUUGAAUCAUCGUAUAGAUCAUCUCAUCAAACAACUUGAUAUCUACAAGUAUGAUCCUUGGGAUCUUCCAAAGUAUUUUAAGGAUGUUGGACAUAAAGAGUGGUAUUUCUUCUGCAAGAGAGGGAGAAAGUAUAAGAAUAGCAUAAGACCUAAUCGGGUAACUGGGUCGGGUUUUUGGAAGGCAACUGGUAUUGAUAGACAAAUCAUGGGUAGUAAUAAUGAAGAUCAGAUCAAAUAUGAGUGUAUAGGUUUGAAGAAGUCAUUGGUGUAUUAUAGGGGAAGUGCUGGAAAAGGAGUUAAAACGGAUUGGAUGAUGCAUGAGUUUCGUUUACCAACAUUUUCAUCACCCGAUCAUCAUCAUCUCCAACACCCUCAAGAAGCUGAAGUUUGGACUCUUUGUCGAAUUCUCAAGAGAGAUGCACCGCACAACAAGUACACACAUACAAACUUGGUUGAGUCGGUAACAAAAAAGGAUAACAUGAAGUCGACCAAUAUGUGUAAUAACAUUAAUGAUCUUAUGAACAAAGACGACAAGAGUUUCAUUAGCUUCACAUCACCAACAACAACCUUAAUCAAACCGAGUCAAACCGAGAAGAUCAAGCACAGUCACCUUGCCCCCGAACAUCAUCAAAUAACCGCGAACCAGCUGACGAACUCAAUGUCUGAUGACAAGCCUUUUGAUCUAUCAUAUGGCAAUAUUUAUAAUAACCCAGAAUUAAUGGAUGAUGAUCAGUUCAUGAUCAAGUAUGCAAACUGGGAUGAACUUAGGCAUAUGGUGGAAUACUUAGAAUCUUAG